UGUUGAAGAAAAAGAAAAGUAAUUAAAAUUCAGGAAGCAGCACCUUGAGGUACUGGUCCAGUAUUGGCCGUUAACCAGAGGAAACAAACCAACACUGGCGGAGGGCAAGUCUAGACUUCGGGACUUGAACCCCAGGAGCAGGACGAUGGGUUUAAGCAGGGAAUCCUCCUUGAACAGAAGUCACAAGAGUUUGAUUAUCAACGGCAGGAAAUGGACGGCGACGAUCGUCUUCAUGGCGGCGGAAAUCCGCAUGAUGAUGGACAUGGCAGAGCUUUUUUCCAAGAACACAACUUUCAAACCUCCAACGGCCAAAACGGAGAGCUUUGCCGAAGAGGAGCCAAUCGGGAGCCUAGACGACGAGAGUGUACUGUCCUAUCGCAUCACCCGGCCCAGCGCCUCCUGUCCAUCUCUAACCUCCGUGUCCUCCCGAACACUUGAAGAGCCGCCCACCAUGGGCACGACCCCGGACCGAGACUACGACCGGUACCUGUCUUCACGGGGUCAAGAUCACACCUGGACAGGUGCGCUGGACAACGGCACGGCCAACAACUAUCUCCAGAGGUCGCCCGAGUCGGCCAAGGACGGCAACAGCUGCGCCAUCGAGCUGGACACCUUCCACGGCCUGGACCACGGCGGCCUCCGACAACGGGAGGACGUGGGCGCCAGGGUGGCGGAGGUGGGCAUCGUGCUGCCGAUAGUUCCCAAACAUGCCAGCAGCUCCCUGCCAGAUGGAGGAGGUGGAGGAGGAGGCGGGGGUGAUGAGAAAGAGAAAAAUGAUGUUUCAGAGGCUAACGACGAGAAGACACCACUCCAGAAGACCGAUGAGUUAGAAAAGCGAGAGAACUGGAGCAGCAAAAUGGAUUUUCUGUUGUCUGUCAUUGGCUACGCUGUGGACCUGGCCAACGUGUGGAGGUUCCCCUACCUGUGCUACAAGAACGGCGGAGGAGCGUUCCUUGUGCCCUACUUCUCCGUCCUGAUCUUUGGCGCCAUGCCAGUCUUCUUCAUGGAGCUGUGUCUGGGACAGUUCCACCGACAGGGCCCCAUCACCGUGUGGAAAAUGGCCCCCAUGUUUAAAGGCAUCGGCAUGGCCUCCUGUUUCAUGGCCUACAUCGUGGCUUUCUACUACAACAUCAUCAUCGGCUGGAGUUUCUUCUACCUCUUCUCUUCCUUCACCAGUGCUCUGCCGUGGACGUCGUGCGGCAGCUCCUGGAACAGCGACCGCUGCUGGGAGACCAGCUGGUCCUUCAACGCCACCAAUGGCGCCAACAGGACGUACAGCAAGAACACCUCCGUCACCUCCACCCUUGAGUUCUUUGAGAGAGGCGUGCUGGGAGUGCACCAGAGCGCGGGGCUGGAAGACCUUGGUGAGUUCCGCUGGCAGCUGGUGCUGUGUACACUGCUCACCUUCUGUCUCCUGUACUUCUGUCUGUGGAAAGGAGUCAAAACUACAGGCAAGAUUGUCUACGUGACAGCAACGAUGCCCUACAUCAUCCUGACCAUCUUACUGGUGAGGGGAGUCAUGCUGCCUGGGGCAGGCAUGGGCAUUAAGUAUUUCAUCACGCCAGACCUGGCCAAGCUGACCAACCCUCAGGUGUGGAUAGAUGCAGCCAUUCAGAUUUUCUUCUCCGUAGGCGCAGGGUUUGGCACUCACAUCGCCUACGCCAGCUACAACAAGUUUAACAACAACUGUCAGAAGGACGUCAUUGUGACCGUGAUCGUCAACAGUUUCACUAGCAUCUUUGCCGGCUUUGUCAUCUUCUCCUACCUGGGCUACAUGUCUGUCAAGACACAGAAGCACAUUUCCCAAGUUGCCACUGAGGGACCAGGACUAGUGUUUAACGUGUACCCAGAGGCAAUCGCUACACUGCCGGGGUCCACAGGCUGGGCCAUCAUCUUCUUCUUCAUGCUCCUCACUCUUGGUAUUGACUCUGCAUUUGGAGGGUUGGAGUCGCCACUCACCGGCCUCUACGACCAGUUCAAGAAUAUGUUAAAGAUGCGCUACUUCAGAGAAUUCCUGACCCUCAUUGUCGUGGGAUCUGCUUUCCUCUUCUCUCUGCCCUGCCUGACCGAGGGGGGAAUCUACGUGUUCACAAUUCUGGAUACAUUUGCUGCCGGAACCUCUAUUCUGUUUACUGUCUUGUGUCAGGUCAUCGCUGUCUCCUGGUUCUACGGUAUCAAGCAGUUUUGUGAAGACGUGGAGAAGAUGACAGGAAACAAACCUAGCAUUUACUGGCGAAUCUGCUGGAAAUUUGUUUGCCCCAUAUUAUUGUUAAUCAUCGUCAUCUCCAGCAUCAUCUCCUACGUGCCCCUGGCGUACACGACGGCCACCGGAACCUACAUUUACCCGUUCUACGCCAACGUCAUCGGCUGGUGCAUCGCGAUGUCCUCCAUGUUGAUGAUUCCGGGCUACGCCCUGUACAAGGUCCUCAGCACGCGGGGCAGCUUGAAAGAGCGUCUCGCCCUGUGCAUAUCUCCGGAAUGGGAGCAUGACGAGAUCCGACAGAAGAAAUACGUGCGGCGAUAUCACAGGGAGCACUGGCUGGCCAUUUGAUCCUCAGUCCACGAAACGCUGGGCAAGAGAACCAAAGGACGAUGACACAUUCUGUCAAAAAUGUUACUUCCGGUGCGAAGAUCGUCCACAAGAUCAGCUACGUUGAGAACGCAGCCCAGAGGAUCCGGACCGUUAGAAUGGGAGAGAGAGACUCCUUACAUGCCUGGCUGCAUGUGGACAGCAGCCUAGGAGAUGAAAUGUUUCCGUCAAUAAAACAUUUAUGCAAAACCUCAAUGAUAACUGAGCCAGGAAUGCCGAAGCGACUGUGAGCAAACUUCGACAUUUAGUUUCCAUGACGACCAUGAAAAAGCUGCAAUUUUUGUAGUGUAACAAGCAAGAGAGGAAACAGAUGCACGUGUCAUACUGACCGACACUUUUGUACCUUAGCAUCACACGGGCGAUACUUGUCUACAAGUAGUUUUGUACACGUCUUCUAGCGGUCAUGAUUUGAUUAGUCGUCUGUGGUCACGUGGUCGCACACGAGUCCCCGUCCUCCCGUUUGUCUGUGUUGUGAAAAAUCUCCCCUGGUCGCUGAAGACUAAUUGUGUUCAGGGAUUUUGUUCCUACCUGGCCAAUACCUCAUCCUUAAGGGAUUCCGGCUGCGCAGGUGUAAACCGUGGUGUAUCGUGCGGUCUGACUGCAGCUUAGCAUCAACACCAGUGUGACGGACACGUAGACAUAUUCAUUCAGUCAUUUUGUUUUGGCCAAACAUAGCUUUGGAUAUGAAAUUGCUCAUGAGCCUUCCGAUGUUUUGCCGCACAAAAUUUUGAAUUCCAGUUAAUGCUUCAUAUUUCUCCACUUAUACUUGGUUCACCUCCAAUGUGUUUACUUAAUCAUGCUGUUGAUUUCAAUCCUAUUUAACCUACUCUAGUUCGCCUUAAAAUUUCAUAUACUCCUGUCCCUUCUUAACUAAACUUUUGUUGUUUUUUUUUUCCCCUUGCAUUUUUUGGUCUAAAUUUCCUCGUGCUCUACUUGUCAGAGCUCUUUGCACACAAUAACUCUCCAUCUCUUGUUUGUCUCCCCUCUACUUAUAUUCUCACAAAGAUUCCAGAAGUCCAGAUUUGAAAUCGAGCAAUCAAUCUCUUAGAAGAGCUUUUGUUCAAUUUGAAAUGGAGUGAAAACUAGUUCCUGGAACCUAGCAGCUACAAGCACAGGGGCCACAGGUCAAAAACAAAUCCUUCUCUACUGCAGUAGAUGAUAGAGGGUGCUGCUGACUUCUAAUGAAACUACUAUAUGGUAAAAAAAAAAAAAAAAAAAAAA